AUGCUGCUCUACAGUUUCCUGAUCCUUUUUGUUGUCGGGCUGGCAUUUGUAAUCGGGCUGGAGAGGACAUUCAGGUUCUUCUUUCAGAAGCACAAAAUGAAAGCCACCAGCUUCUUUCUAGGAGGCGUCUUCAUAGUGCUGAUUGGAUGGCCCAUCGUCGGAGUGAUUCUAGAGUUUUAUGGAUUCUUUCUGUUAUUCAGGGGAUUCUUUCCAGUGGUCGUAGGCUUCAUCAGGAGGAUUCCUGUGCUGGGAUACUUGCUGAAUCUUCCCUUCAUUAGUGGGUAUGUGGACAAAAUGAGUGAAAGCAACAACAUGGUUUAAAAGACUUUUUUUUACCGCUUAUUUAUGAUGGGUUUUCUAAAGGAUUACCUUAAAAAAACCAUGAGAAGUAUAGAGGUCGUAUUACGGAACUUUAUAUUCAGACGCGUUUCCAUUGCAAGGACGUCUGAGUGAUAUUUACGUCAGUGAGACGCAAACUGUGCAGCGUGGAAAACAAGCCACUCCUUCGCCAGCCGGCCAAAGCAAAGCGAUCUAUAGAGCUGCGUCACAACAUCCAGCAUCCCUGAAGAACUGUGCCCUACUUUAUAAAUGCAAACUUCAUGAAGAAGUUACUGGAGAUC